CCCUGGGAUGUUCCAUGGGAACCUCCAGCCCUGCCCACCGAGGAAGGUCCUGGGAGGUGUCUGAUGGGUGGUUUGGGUUGAAGGCAGCGGUUCCACAGCUCUGGGUGCUCAGGCUCUGCUUCCAGGUGCUGCCCUGCCCUCUCCUGAGGAGGCAGGAAAGAAUCCCCUGUGUCUGUUAAACGUGUCCCAAAGCUGCUUCCCAAUCCGUGUCACAGCUGGGCCCUGAGCAGGGAAUGGCUGCACACCUGGAUGUUGCACUGGGCACAUGGAUAUGAUGGAAUGACAUCCCACGUUUCCUGACUAAGCAGUUUUUCCUUUACAGUUCCUCCUUCCACCUGUGUCACUUCAGCUGCCCUGGUUUGUCACCCUGGGAGUGGAGCCCCAGGGACUGUUACUGCUUGCAUCAAAGAUCACCAAGUAUUUCCUUAUGGAUGAAAAGCCCAAAGGCAGAGUGAUUUUUUCAGCACAUCCCUGGAUUUACCCCCAUCAGUGCCUGGGCUCUGGAAGCUGGGAAGAGCCACAGCCUGGCCUGGAGCAGAGCUGCCUUUCCUGUCUGACACCAUAUGGAAUGCUCAGGGAUUCUCUGCUGUCCUGGCAUUCCCAGCAGGGCCCAGCUCUGAGAGGGCAACACCUCAGGAGGUUGUUACAGCUCCCUGAAUUCCUGUCCUGGAUUCUUCCCUGUCUAGGGAAGGCAGCUCUGUGAGACACCAACUCCUCUCUCCAUCACCUGCAAAGUGUGACUGGGCUGGAACAAACAGAAACUCAGCAUCAGUGACUUCCCACAUUCCCAUUCCAGCAGCUCCAAGGUGAAUUGCUCAGGCCCAGAGGACUCUGCUCCUCAUUCCCACUCCCUGAACAGGGACAUUGGGCCCUGCUGCUCCCUCUGAGGGGGGCACUGAGGAUUGUCUACAAAACACACCCCCACCACAGUAAAAUGCAAUCUAGUUUAUUGGUUAAUUAUAUACAGGGAAUUCUUGAUAUUCACAGUAACAUCAGACGAGUUACCUCCACAAAGAGCAAGAGCAAAACCAAAAAUGACAGUCCACUGUAAACAAAACUAGAAAUCCUGCUGAGUUUGGUGGGACUGGCUCCAGACAAACUCAAAAGGCACCGAAAAAAACAACAAAAGCCAGCUGAGGGACACAGCUGGAUACUCUGUGCUCCCUCGAGGAUGAUAAUCCAGAGGCACAGUGGGUGGAGACCAAACAUCAGGGACACAACAGGCACAGGACAUUACAGCCCAAGAUGAUACAUGUGUGUCAACAGGAAUUUACUGUCCUCACAUCUUACAACCAUCAGAGCCCUCAGCUCCCUGUGUUACAGGACAACCUUAAAUUCGGGCAGCAGAGGGGCUGGGGCUGCCCCAGAGCAGAUCCCACCCACAGGGAGGUCAGGCUUUGCUCAGGCUCUGCCAAAGCACAGGGCUGGCAACACACAGCCAGUGGGAUCUGGAGGGAAGGGGGAGGUUGGGACACGGAGAGGUGGCUCCUCUGGAUUGUCACACUGAACUAAGGAAAGCACAGCCCCAGCAGGGGGGACACACGGACAGGACACGUCCCUUCCCCAGCUGUGCCUUGGGCAGUGAGCCCAGGAGCAGGGAGGACACAGCCACUUCCCUCCACACCUUCCCUGGGCAUCCCGGGCUCCCAAUGCUCCAGACAGGCUGUGGGAGGCAGCUGGAGCACCUGCCAGCCACCUGGGAGACUCCUGUCACUGAGGUCAGUGGCACUUCCCUGUCACACUGGAAAAAAAGGAGAUUUUUUUUUUUUAGCUCUUUAGGCACAUAAAGCUGUUAACUCAGCUCCUUUUAAUCUCUUUUUGCACUGCCCAGAGAAAAGAGAAUGUCCAAAUGAACAGCUGGCAUCAACCCAGGAGGGCUGCCUUUAGGAGGUGCAAUUCCAGUGCUGGCAGCAGCAGUAAUGGAUUUCCUUCCCAAGAGGGUGCUGAGGGUGGGCUCUGUGCUGAGGCAGCAGCAGCAGCAGCCCCGUGGAGCCCCCAGGAGCAGGGAUGGCUUUGCCCUGGCAGGCUCCCAAGCUGAAAAUUUAAAUUCAGCCUCUGUGUUGCCUGAAUUUAAAGGUGUCCUGGUAACAGGGAGGUGAGGGCUCUCAUGGCUAGGAGACUGAGGACAUGCAAUUCCUGUGUCAACACACAUGUAGCAUGUUUGGGGGUGAUGUCAGAGCAGACAAAGCUGUGUCCUCUCUGGUGUGAGCAGGGGCAGGAGAGGAGCCCUUGAAGGCAGAGGUUCUCAUCCAGGGGGAAACAAUUCCAAGGGCACAGGUGCUACAUGUAGAACGAGGCAGAGAAGCAAACAAGAACCAAAUUUACACUGUAAGAGCCACAGCCUGAUCUCCAAGUCAUCCACCUCUGAUCAAUCAGAGAAUUCGAGUCUGGUCACUUGGAUACACGGAAAGGUGGUGAAAGGUGACAGCAGGGUCAGGCCAAGCAGGUUGUGGUUCAAAGAAAUACACAGCAAGAGGUAUAUGAAAUAAUUAUUGUCACCACAGAAAGCCACUCCUGACUAUUCCCUGUGCUCAGCCAUCCUGUACCGGUACCAACUCCAGCUCCUUCCGGACAAACCGAUGGGAACAGUGCUGGAAUCGUUGGCUCUGAGCUCCUUCAGGGGCCGAGCCCCACAGUGCAAACCAUCCACAUCAUCACCCACAUCUCCAGCAUUUAGCAGCUCCAGUUUUCCCUGACAAACACCAGGAUUUCCUCUGAGCUCUCCCAGGGCUGGGAAGGGAUUGUCAGUUUUCUCUGCCAAACACUAACGUUGCUCUCAGCUCUCCCAGGGAUGGGAAGGGGCAGUUUUCCAGCCCCAUGGAGAACCACAAUUGCUUGGAGGGCACAGCAGAGACUUCCCUGUGACAGGAGCAGAGGGUACCAGUGGGUUUGCAGCCUGUCAGAGACAUAACUCCCUUCAAAGACCAGACUGGGGAAGCGUUUUUCCUGUCUCUCACCAGGAGGUGGCCAGAACUUUUCCAUGAAAAUAACUUUGCCUCUUUCACCCAGUAACCAGGAACCUAAACCUGCUUUUAACUCAGCUCCUUUUAUUCUCUAUUUGCACUGUCCAGAGAAAACAGGAUGUCCAAAUAAACAUCUGACCAGGAGGGCUGAAUUUAGGUGCAAUUCCAGUGCUGGCAGCAACAGUAAUGGAUUUCCUUCCCAAAAGGUGGAGAGGGUGGGCUCUGUGCUCAGGGAGCAGCACCAGCACCAUGGAGCUCCCAGGAGCAGGGAUGGCCUUGCCCUGAAAGGCUGCUGGGCUAAACAGCCAUUCCAAGGAUCCCCUUUCCUCACACAGCUGCUGCCAACAGUUGCCAGCAGCAUCUCCAGAGGAAAAAAUGCUCCUGUGUCAUCCCAGAAGGAUUCCCUGUUCUCAUGGCACAUCCCAGACACCAGUCCUGCUCUGAAAGCGGUGCCUGUUCUCAGUGCCCUUCUCAAAUUCCAAAUGUCUUCCCUUUCAGCCAGUUACAGGCACAAACUGGGCAUCCUGUGGAGAGUGAAGACUCCAGCUUUGCUCCACAUUCCCUACACCAACCAGCAGCUUAAUAUCCAAGUGCUGAACCACAGCUGCUCCCCAGGAUCCCCAAAGCCAGCCCUGGGCUGGUUGUGCCCCUCUCAGAGCCCUGUGAGAUGUGCAGAGCUCACAGCACUCAGCAAGAGCUCUGCAGCCCCAGCAUGGGCACAGUGGGAUUGCUGGGACAAAGAGGAGUCAUCUGGCUCAGGAACACUUUUUAACCAGCCCAAGCUGCUCCAAACUUCACCUGAGAAGAGACUGAAGGCUGCUGUAGUCCUGUGUUUCCCUUCUCCUCUUCCCCAAAUCUCUCCUUUACAGGAACGUGGUUGUUUAACCCCUUCAGCUCCAUCCAGGAAUUCCCUCUCCAGCCAUUUUAACUUUAGUGUCAUGAAAUCAUUAUUCAGCUCUACCUCAUUUACAGAACUAGUUUUAGUAACCCCAAAGUCUAGCUCUGGAUCCAUCCUGGUGCAGUUCCACAUGAAGUACCUGCAGGUUCAAUGGUUUAUUUAGAAUUUUUUGCCCUGUAAAUACACAGCUUGUCCUGUGUCUGCUCCGUGUGUUUCCAUGAUUGGGAAGGGAAGGCAGCCAAACUCCAGUGUUCUCCCUGGAGGCUGAGUAAAGCUGCUGGAUACAUCAGACUGACAACACUCAUCAUCCUCCGGUGGGCCUGGAGGGCAGGUUCAUCCACUCCCUGGAGCACACGGGUCACAUCCUCGGGUCAAAGUCCUCCCUUGCCAGGACACACCUGAGUGUCUGAUGUGCAGCACCAAAUCUUCCUCAGAGGCUGAGUCCUUCUGCAGCAGAAGGUGUCAUUGGCCCCAAAAGCCACAAUGCCAGGGUGAUCCCUCCCCUGGCAUUAUGUACACAUUGAAAAAAAACCAAAUUAAAACAGCCAUUCACACACAGAGGGCUCUAUGGGCAACUUUGAGCUUUUCCUGCUGUUCAUCAAACCUUCACUGAUGAGCAUUUACAAUUUAAAAAUAAAAUGGUUUUGUUUUCUUUUUUAAAAGAAUAAUUUCUACAUUUCUGUCAGCCAGCUAAU